AUGUCUUUUGAUAUUCCCUUAUGGAUAAAACUAAACAAUAAAGAAUUCAUUUCUUCACUUUAUUUUACUCUGCCACUCUUUCUCUAUCUACUGCCUUUCUUUUUUUACUUUUUUUGGUUCCUCUUUCUCUAUCACUCACUCUCUCUUUCUCUCUCUCCUUUCACGCAUUCAUUUCUAUCUGCUUGCUUUCUUUUCUGUUAUUUCUCCGGAAUUUCGUCCAUUUUGUUUCGGUUUCUAUGUUCCUUAUUUAUUUCUAUUGAACACUCUUUAUUUCCUGUAACAUAUUUUAUUUCUUUCCGUCUUUUUCUUCCGAAAUUAGUAGUUCUUUCUAUUUUCUUUCUUUCUUUGUUAUUACUGUCUUUCGUUAUUAAUUUUAUUCUUUUUAUUAUGGUUUUCUUUUCAUUCAUUUUACCUCCUUUCUUUUUCGCUAUUUCUUUAAACUUGUUCUUUUAUUACUUUUACUCUUUCCUCCUUUCUUUUAAACUUUAUAUCUUCCUUUCUUCUCGCUUCUUUCUUUCAUUGUCUUUCUUUCUUUCCUUCCUUCUUUAUUUAUAUAUUUUCUUACAAUCUAUACCUAUUUUUUGCUUGUUUCUCUUUCUUUUUUUUAUUAUUUAUCUUCAAUGUUUCCUUUUAUGUCUUUCCUUCAAAUUGUUCCUCGCUUUAGCUUCCCAUUUUCGUCCCAAUUCAAUGUUUCUUUCUUUCAUUCAUUCAUUCGUUCUUUCUUUCUUUCUUUCUUUCUUUCUUUCUUUCUUUCUUUCUUUCUCCGUUAUAUUACUUUCGUUCUUUUUCACCCAUUUUUAUAUCUUUUUUAUUACCAAAAAUCGUAAAAUAUAA